AGUGUUACAAUAGCUUUUAAGCUAACUGAAGGCAGCCUAAUGUUAUUUAAUAUGUCCGAGGCGAAUUUUUAAUUCAUAACACCCUUCUGAGAUGUUUUCUGAGGCUUCUCUGGCUAUGUGGAUUCCACCUUCCACUGGUUAUCUGCAUUAACUUUAAUAGAUAUGUCUUAUCCCUCGCUUACUGCACCCGGACAGCCUUGAGUGUCGCACUUUAUUUGACAGUGAUUAACUGCUGUCCACAAGUCUCCUGAGAGAAGAUGCCCAGGGGUGUAUAAGUUCAGUUAACCAAUAGCUUAUGUCCAUACUUCAGCUCAGCCGUAUCGAUCAGUGCCUCUUGUCUCCUACUGCUCGGUCCGAUGCUUUGAGAUCAAGUGUGGAAAAGACCCGCUGUCACAUCUUUCUUCCAUUCGCUCCCCACCACUAUAUUUCAGCUUACUGUCACUGUUAACACGUAUUGACUGUCGUAUAACUAGCAGAUGGAGAGGUGAUGUAUUAUAAUGCCUAUUUGCAAAGGGAGAUCAAAGUGCAAUUUUAUAUUUCAAUGUCAGGUCAAGCUAAUAUACAAGACCCAUGGGUACUGAAUAAGAGGAAGUAGUGGGAGCUCUGCUCAGACUGCUUGGGGAAUUGACCAUUCUCAUUACAACACAAAUUGAGUGGCCACUCACCCGUUGGCCUCUUCACAAGUUUCCUGACAGCUGUAGCCACUGCUGCGGGCUGAAUGCUUGGCUGAAGCUGAAAAGGAUCCUCUCUGAAGCAGUGUCUGUGACGGGCCACCAUGGUACAUCUGAACAUAGAUCUGAUUGCUAAAUCUAGAAACCACUUUAAAAAGAAAAGGGGCCUCUCCUUCCCAGAGUACCUCAAGACACUUACCCACCUCCACUUUUCAGGCAAGAAUAUUGAAGAUAUUGGUGAUCUCUCCAUGUGCAGAAACCUCACUGUUCUUUACCUCUAUGAUAAUCAGAUCACACACAUUUGCAACCUUGGCUUUGCCUCCAACCUCACCCAUCUCUAUAUGCAGAACAACAACAUUACUCAUAUAGACAGUCUCUCUAAUCUGCAGAUGCUCUCCAAACUGUAUCUUGGUGGAAACAGAAUUACAGUGGUGGAGGGCUUAGAGCAGCUCAGUGAACUCCAGGAGCUUCAUCUGGAGAAUCAGAAGCUGGCACCUGGGGAGAAGUUGCUCUUUGACCCCAGGACUCUCCUCUCACUCGCUGAAUCUCUUUGUGUCCUGAAUAUCAAUAAUAACAACAUUGAUGAUAUCAGGGACCUGGCAGUGCUAAAGGAACUCCAGCAUCUUUAUGCCUCUGACAAUAAACUGCACAAUAUGGAGGAGUUAGAGGAUGUGUUCAGUCUCUGGCCUCAGCUGCUUCAAAUGGAUUUGAGUGGCAAUCCUGUGUGUAAAAAACCAAAGUACAGGGACCACCUGAUUACUGCAUGCAAAAGCCUCGCGGUUCUCGAUGGAAGGGAAAUUAAAGAAUUAACCAGACAGUUCCUUAUUAACUGGAAAGCAUCUAAAGAGGCCAAGAAGAAAAAAAACAAGACACACAUGCUGUCUGUACCCUUAACAAAUGACUUUAACAUGGGUCAGGGUCCACAUCCUGGUCACAUCUACAGCCAUCCUAGCAUGCAGAGGUGGAAGCCGCAGCAGCCUCUCAGGGUGCAAAAAUUAAAGAUUCCUAUGAUUGGGCCUCUCAAUCAUGUGGCUUUCUCCUCAGCCAUCUGCAGUCAUGUGGAUGCUUAAGACAAACCUAGCAAAUCCAUGAACUCCCCACCCAGAGCCCUAACAGGACUAACAACGCUACUGCUUUAUUUAGACAACUUGGUCAUAGCAGCUGCAGAUCUUUUAUCCUUGUAUAUUAAGGAAGUCAUAGAACAAUCACUGUCGUCUGCCUGGUGUGAUGUCCAGGAACUCUUAGCUGCAAUAUUCUUGACCUCAUGAAUUAUAUAGUCUGCCUUAUCUGAUUUCAACAACACAUUAAAAUGUUAAAAUGAUAAUGAUAGCAAAGAUAAAAUGUAUAUAACGAAAUCUGCAUUGUUAUAAAUGGGUUACUGGAGCUCAAAUUGUCUACUAUUGUUGAAAAAAAAUUAAACAAUUAAACAAUGAAUGAAUGAUUUGC